AUGGAAAAGCGCACCAAGAUAAACAUUGCCAUUUUUGUGCUGCUGGUGGGCAUGGCCUGCAUGUUCACGGCCGUGGUGACGGACUACUGGGCCGUGCUCAGCCCUCAGGUGAAGAAUGUCAACGAGACGUGCGAGGCGGCUCACUUCGGCCUCUGGAGGCUGUGCAAGAAGCAAAUCUACAUCAGCGCUGACGACUUCCAGGAGAAGCACGGCUGCGGACCCAUCACCCUGCCUGGAGAUGAAAACUGCACUUACUUCGGCCACUUUACUCCUGGACAGGACACUGAGAUAUUUGAACACAAAACACAGAAAGAGUACAACAUCUCUGCUGCAGCCAUCUCCAUCUUCAGUCUGGCCUUCAUGAUUUUAGGGUCUCUGUGUUUGAUUGGCUCAUGCACGGGUAAAGGCAAAGGAAGACUAUACCUCCUCAAACCUUCCGGAAUGUUUUUUGCCUUUUCAGGUCUGUGUUCGUUCAUCUCACUGGAGGUGAUGCGUCAGUCAGUCAAACGCAUGAUCGAGAGCGAGGACACCAUCUGGAUCCAGUACUACUACAGCUGGUCCUUCGCUUGUGCCUGCGUUGGCUUUGUCCUUCUCUUUCUCACUGGCAUCGCCCUCCUCAUCCUCUCCAUGCCACAAAUGCCCAGGAACCCGUGGGAGACCUGCAUGGACGCCGAGCCCGAGCAAGUGGAGUGA